CUGAAAUGUAUACAGUUUUGAAAUCAUAUUUCUUGUUCUAUCCAAACAAUGAUUCAUCCUUCUAGUGAAGCUGUGGCUUGCCUCUGCAUGUUUUGCAAUGCUGGCUGGCUUCAUAAUAGCUUAACUGCGUGCUGUGACUCCUACCAGAUUUCUCGGCAAACAUCUGAGCGAGGAGCAGGCUAAUUCUUUAAACAAUGGCAUUCGUUUUUAGACAAUUCUUCCUGGUAGCUGCAGAUUUAAUGCUUGCCUUGGUCCUCUCCUGCUUCCUUUAUGCUUUCGUGUGCAUCUGCACAGCAUUCCUCACCUGCUUUGUCAUCGUUUUCUCCUUGGGGAUUGUGAAGAAAAUGGAGAGAAAUAUUGACAUAAAAGGGAGAGCCGAUGUGAUUCUAGUGUCCAACAGCUCCAUCGGACGGACGUUUGCCAGGAACCUGGACAAGGCAGGUUUCAGAGUGUCUGCUGCAUGCUGGCCACCUGAAAGAAAGUGGGCAAAGGUUCUGAAGGAGGAGUAUUCUCCAGACAUGAAGCUGGCACAACUCCCUAUAACUGAGGACGAGUAUAAGAUGACAAUGAAAACCUUGAUAGAAAAGCACUUAUCUCUGAAAGGCAUGUAUGGGCUGAUGAAGAAGCCUUCGGUCCUGAUGUGGGAAGAACAGGAGCCAGACACAAACAGAUUCUCUGAGGGAAAAACUUCUUAUAAAUGGAAGGAUGUUUGCAUAACUCCCGCCUUCCUAAUGGCACUUCUCUUUCUCCCUGUGAACUAUGCAGUGACUUUUGCAAAGAAGAAAAGCCAGCAGUUACUUACUAGCCUGCUGAAAUCCAAAAACUGACAGUACAGAAGGGAACUUGUGGAAUGACUCAAUGGAUUAAUAAUGCCAUAGUG